GGCCCCCCCCGGGGCUCCGGCGGCGAGGCGGGGGCCGCCGCCGCCCCGGCCAUGCCCCCCGGAGCCUGAGGCCCGCGGCCGCGGGGCGCCCGCAGCAUGCGGAGGAUCCGGCGGCUGGUGCAUCUGGUGCUGUUCUGCCCCAUCUCCAAGGGCCUGCAGAGUCGCCUCCCGGGCAUCAAGGUGAAAUACCUGCUGGUGGUGUGGCUGGGCAUCUUCGUGGGCAGCUGGGUGGCGUACAUGCAUUACUCCUCCUACUCCGAGCUCUGCCGCGGUCACGUCUGCCGGAUGAUAAUCUGUGACCAGUACAAGAAAGGAAUCAUUUCUGGCUCCACGUGCAAAGACCUGUGUGAGGAGCGCAGCCUCCUCUUCCAGCACUGCCUCUCCUCCUCUCCCACCCAGCAGGUUUACAGUGGGCUCUGGAGGGAGAGGGAGGUGAUCAUCAAAUGCGGCAUCGAAGAAGCCUUGAAGGCAGACAGCCACCCAGACUCUGUGCCCAGGAGGGACGUGGUCCUCUUUGACAAACCCACACGAGGGACGUCAAUGGAUGAGUUCAAAGAAAUGCUCCUCAACUUCCUGAAGUCCAACCUGGGAGAUCAGCCUUCUCUUGCAGCCUUGGUGGGCCGGAUCAUCGCCAUGGCAGAUGUGAACCGGGAUGGAAAAGUGUCUUUAGCAGAGGCCAAAUCCAUCUGGGCGCUACUUCAGCUCAAUGAGUUUCUUCUCAUGCUCUCCUUGCACGAGAAAGAGCACACCUCCAAACUGCUGGGGCACUGCGGGGACCUCUACGUCACCGAGAAGAUCCCCCACACCUCCCUCUACGGAGUGGAUGUCCCCCCCUUCCUCCAGUCGCUGCUGCCUUCUGUCGUCCACCAAAUCAUCCACCAGUGGUUUGCACCAGCCUGGCCCCGGCGGGCAAAGAUCGCCAUCGGCCUUCUGGAGUUCGUGGAGGAGAUAUUCCACGGCACCUACGGGAACUUCUACAUCUGCGAGACUGGCUUUAAGAACGUGGGCUACAACGACAAAUACGACUUCAAAAUGGUCAACCUGAGGAAGGUGGCGACGGAGAUGACAAUCAGAGGUUUCCUCAAGGGCCGUCACUGUGAGCAGAAUGUGGACUGCACCUACGGGAAGGACUGUACGGCGCCGUGCGACAAACUCCUCAAGCAGUGCAAAAGCGACAUGGUGCAGCCCAACCUGGCGAAGGUCUGCGGGUUGCUGCAGGACUACCUGCUGUACGGGGCGCCGCUGGAGCUGAAGGAGGAGCUGCAGAAACAGCUCCGCACCUGCAUGACCCUCAGCGGCCUGGCCAGCCAGGUGGAAGUGCACCACUCCCUCGUGCUCAACAACCUCAAGACCUUGCUCUGGAAGAAGAUUUCAAACACCAAAUAUUCCUAACGGGGUCAGGGCCGGCGGGGGAAGCACAGCCCCGGAGUUCAGAAUCUGCAGUCUUGGAGUAAAGCCCAAGGGUUUGAAGGCCUGUUUCUGCCAUCUUCUCCCCACCCGCUUCCCCCCAGGAAAAACACACCCUGCGCAGGGAGUUGAGCGUAGCUGCAGCCCCUUCUCCUUCAUGGAAACCCAAGCAUCAUGACUUCCACCGCCCAGCAGGACCAUCGACACAGUUGGCGAGAGCAUGCUGCGGAGCUGGGACAGCGGGAGCCGGGCUGAGCAGGCGCAGGGGGAUGGAGAUGACACGGAAAAGCCAUAAGGAAGCGGAGCCCAGCUGGACGCAUCUCCCUGUUUCUUGAUUAACAGGAAAGCAGCGCAGAGAGAUGGGAAUGAAUCAUUCAUGCUGUACUUGUCACGUCUUCUUUUGAUGAACGUCUCUGAUGUAAAUAAAUAGCUUUUACGUGAAUCACACCAGUACAUCAAUAGUGAAACAGCAGCUUUUAAAGUACCAGCUUGCUUAUGAUCUAAAAAGGAGAAAAAAGGUAGAUUUCUCUAUUCAAAAGUCUCUCCUUAAGUGUCUGAGUCAUCCGCAGCAGAUCCAGCUGCCACUUAGGCAGCAGAUAAGCUGUCCUUUCCGCAGCGGAGAAUCCCGGCAAUCCUUUCGUUCCCUUUUUUUAAGUGCCUGACCCCAGACAGCGAUGCCGUGGCUCACGCGAGGCUCCCGCCCGGCUCGAAUUGGCAGCGGGAGCCGUUCCCCAUCACGUGGCGGCUUUGGAAGCACCUAAAGCCAAGGAUAGUUUAAAGGAAAAGGGCUAAACAUGAACAAUUCCCGUCGGUUAACACAUGUGCUCCGUGUGUUCUGCCCCACAGCAGGGAUAACCCAACUUCUUGGUUUAAUUCCCCUAAAACUAAGCUGGGCUCGCACCGCAGAGGUUGAAGAGUAAUACCAGAAUAAUCCAGUGCUGCUCUCGUUAUUAAAAUGAAUUUCCAGGCAAGCUUUCAGCAGGUUUCAGGACAUUUGUUUGGCUGUGUAAAUACUCCCAGGUCUCUUAACUAGUCUGUUUCCUUUAAACACACAAUUAUAGCAACCUUUUUAAAACGGUGGGUAGAGAGGAAGAGUUUAUGUAAACUACCCUGAGCUUGCUCUGUUCCCAGCACAACCAUAUUCCUGCUGCCGGACCGUAUACCAGGGCUCUUGCCAAGAAUUGCUCAGCGGAGCGUGUAUCUCCAGUACGAUCACCCAGAAAAAAUGACAUCUGGCAGCAUAUCCAGCCCGUGCGGGCCAUCGGUGGUGGUGUGGCUGCAAAUUUAUGAGCCCUUUGGAGCAGGGAUAUCAGUAUUUCCUCCUAUUAGUUCUACAGGCUCAUCAUCACCCCUCACUGUUAUUUAGGGAGGAAAUGUUUCAGUGUCACCGCUGCUCUAAACCCAGCACGGAGCCAGCGCAGCCCCCUUCCCGCCGAGGCGUGGGCUUCCCGGCAGAAUUCACCGGUGGGAAGGUUGAGCGUUUCUGCGUUUGAAGGGUGGCAAGUUGCUCAGCCCCUCGCAGUCGCCCUCCAUUCGGUCCCAACACCGCCGGGCCGGCCGAGGCCCCGCACUGGUCUGUACUGGUGUGUACUGGUGCAGGUUCACCUGCACGGGAGCAGUCGGGAGGGCAAAGGCAAGGCCUGGAAUGGGGUAAGGAGCCCCCACGCAGCCAUCCCGGCGCCUCCGCUCUUGUCCUGCAUUCCCAUGGCAACCAGCUCCACCGACAAAUUAAUUUUUCUUCUGCCAUGAGAAAAAGGAACCCAACAACGGUGCCAAAUCCUCUCCUCAGCUUCUCAGGAAAGCCAUUUUUCACCCUCCCUUCUCUGGUUGUAAUUUACUAGUAAAUUUUGCCCAGAUAAGCAUCAUUCCCGCCACACUUAAUCCCCACCGCUCCCUUCCCCCAAAGCAGUAUGAGAUAAAGCAGGGGGCCAGCACCUAGAAAAGAGGAAAAAUCACCACGUUCCUUGCUUAUCCACAGAAAUAUCGGAAUCUCUUUAUGCAUUUACGGUGCAGUUCAAGGAGAGACAGCCCCUGUACUUUAAAGAACUUGCCAAAACAGCUUCAUUCAAAUAAAGACACUUCUGACGAGA